AAAACAUACAACCUUGGUCGCACUGACGAAGUAGUUAAUGUAAUAUUACUUACAGUUUUUGGUAACCUCAGACCUGAUCACGACCAAGGUUUUCGCGGGAAAGUAACGAUCUGUUGUCAAUCAUCAGCUGUAUUGAGGAAAUUGCUGCUGUCAGGUUGUUAUACAAAAACAAGAUACCAUACUACCAAAAUGUCUGAUGAUGCAAGUACUCCCCCACGACGUGGAGAUGAAAGCCCAAGAACAGGCCUUGUUACAUCAAGUCCUGGCAGGGAUGACUUAGCUCCGUUUGAAGAUGAAACUGAUGCUCUUCUUGGAAAUGAUGUUGGUGAUCAGGAGGAAGAAGACGGAGAAGAACUCUUUGGUGAUCGUAUGGAAGAUGAUUACCGUCCCAUACCACAACUUGAUACAUAUGACCAAUCUGUGCUUGAUGAUGAGGAGCAAAGUGAGAUUGGUAUUGAAGAAAGAGUUGAAGCUGAACGACUCAUGCGAAAAAGAGACAGGGAGCAAGGUGUCGAGUCAGGGCAGAUGAGAAGGGGAUUGCUCUAUGAUGAAAGCGAAGAAGAUGAAGCAGAGCCAACAGCAGCACGUAGAAGAAGGUUAGCUGAGAGAGCGGCUGAAAGAGAAUAUGCUGAUGAUGAAGAGAUGAUUGAAAGUAUUGAAAACUUAGAAGACAUGAAAGGACAUACAGUGCGGGAGUGGGUUACAAUGGCAGCCCCACGUCUAGAAAUAAAAAACCGCUUUAAGCAAUUUCUAAAGACAUUUUGUGACGAGCGUGGAGACAAUGUGUAUCGGACGAAAAUAAAGCAAAUGUGUGAAAACAAUAAACAAAGUUUAAUUGUAGAUUACAACACAUUGGCAAAUGAACACCAAGUUUUGGCUUAUUUUUUGCCUGAAGCACCUGCAGAGAUGUUGCGGAUAUUUGAUGAAGCUGCAAAGGAAGUUGUUUUGUCAAUGUUUAAAAAUUAUGAAAGAAUCGCACCUGAUAUUCAUGUACGAAUAGCAGAAUUGCCUCUGAUAGAAGAUUUGCGUUCGUUAAGACAACUCCACUUAAAUCAACUGAUUCGAACAAGUGGUGUUGUUACUUGUAGCACAGGAAUCCUCCCUCAGCUGAGCAUGGUGAAAUAUGAUUGUGUGAAAUGCCGGUUUAUUCUUGGUCCCUUCUUUCAAGGGCAAAACAAGGAAUUGAAGCCUGGUGCCUGUCCACAGUGUCAGUCUAGAGGACCCUUUGAUAUCAAUAUGGAAGAAACAUUAUACCAAAACUAUCAAAAAAUUAAGAUUCAAGAAAGUCCAUCUAAAAUUGCUGCAGGUCGUUUACCACGUUCUAAAGAUAUUGUUUUGUUGGCAGACCUUGUGGAUUCAUGUAAACCUGGUGAUGAGAUUGAAGUGACUGGUAUUUAUCGAAACAACUAUGAUGGCUCAUUAAAUACAUCUCAUGGAUUCCCUGUGUUUGCAACAGUUAUUGAAGGCAACUAUAUUACAAAGCAGGAUGAUAAAAUGGCUGUGGCUAGUCUGACUGAUGAAGAUGUUCGUGAAAUUGUGAAAUUGUCUAAAGAUGAAAGAAUUGGUGAUCGGAUUAUGGCCAGUGUUGCACCUUCCAUAUAUGGUCACGAGGAUAUCAAACGUGCCAUUGCGUUAGCACUUUUUGGCGGUGUUCCAAAAAAUCCAGGUGGCAAACACAAGCUUCGUGGCGACAUUAACAUUCUGUUGUGUGGCGAUCCUGGUACAGCCAAGUCACAAUUUUUGAAAUACCUAGAAAAAACAGCUAUUCGACCUGUGUUUACUACUGGUCAAGGUGCUAGUGCCGUGGGCUUAACAGCUUAUGUACAAAGGCACCCAGUCACAAAAGAAUGGACCCUAGAAGCAGGUGCACUUGUUUUGGCUGACCGAGGAGUUUGCCUCAUUGAUGAAUUCGAUAAGAUGAAUGAUGCAGAUAGAACAAGUAUACAUGAAGCCAUGGAACAACAAAGCAUAUCUAUUUCUAAAGCUGGUAUUGUCACGUCAUUACAGGCUCGGUGUAGCAUUAUAGCAGCUGCGAAUCCAAUUGGUGGAAGAUACGAUUCAUCAAUGACAUUUGCAGAGAACGUUGAUCUGACUGAACCUAUUCUGUCUCGUUUCGACAUCUUGUGUGUUGUACGUGACGUCGUGGAUCCCGUGCAGGACGAAAUGUUGGCACGGUUUGUUGUUAACAGUCAUGUUAAACAUCAUCCUACAGCAGACUUUGAAGAAAAUGCCGAAGAAGACCACUUGGCUGUGGUCAAUCAAACGGCAGUGGAGCCAAUCCCUCAAGACUUGUUAAAAAAAUACAUCAUCUAUGCAAAGGACAAAGUGACUCCAAACUUGUUAAAUAUGGAUCAAGAUAAAGUUUCAAAAAUGUUUGCAGCGUUAAGAAGAGAAUCUAUGAUCACCGGAAGCAUUCCUAUUACAGUCCGACAUAUUGAAUCGAUGAUUCGAAUGGCCGAAGCGCAUGCGCGACUCCACCUUCGUGAAUAUGUACAUGAAGAUGAUGUAAACAUGGCGAUACGUGUGAUGUUGGAGAGUUUUAUUGAUACACAGAAGUAUUCUGUGAUGCGAAAUAUGAAGAAGACCUUCGCGCACUACUUGUCGUUUAAACGCGACAACAACGAGUUGUUGUUGUUUGUGUUGAAACAACUGGUAAGAGAUCAAAUCUCUUAUCACAAAAACAGAUACAGAAGUGAACCAGAAAUAAUCGAAAUACUGGAGGAUGACUUUCAAGACAGGGCUCGUCAAAUAAACAUACACAACCUGGCGCCUUUCUACGAAAGUGAACUGUUCACACAAAAUCGAUUUACACACGAUAAAAAGCGUAAAGCUAUCGUGCAGAAUCUAUAAACUAUACCGCGAAACUACCACCUGUAAAAUGUGCAAAGAACGCUAAUCUUUAGUGACCCGCUAAACACAGGUUUGAUUGAGUCGUUGAGUGUAUAAAAUCCAGUGGACCAAAGAAGACAAUGGAGUGAACGCUUUUUUGUUUUGUUUUGUUUUAAUUUACAAUGAAAAUAGAACGCCUUGCGUUUGCUUAUUGGUUCGAAAAGCAGCCAUAAGUAACCUGUGGCUAACGUUAUUAAACGAUACACCAACUUGAACUUAAAUUAUGGAAACCUCGUUAUUAAGGUACUAUUAUGGUUGUAUUUUUUAGAGUAUUGAUAUGUAUGAAAAUGUAUUUAAAAGAUUAA